AUGUGUACGGCAGAUAGUGUCCUCACAGCGAACGAAUCCUUCGAUCUAUCAAUCGCGAUGGAAUUAUCAAACAGCAGCAGCAACGCCACGAACGAGAGCGGUGGCGGUCAAAAGGGCAACAGCGCAACCACAUCUGGUUUCGACCGCAUAGCCAAUGCUGCGAACGCUACCCCUGCAGAACCGUCGAGUAGUAUCAGCAGCAAGCUCAAAGAUGCUACAUCCGACGGCCAUGGCGCUUCAUCAACUCCUUUCAACAGCCGAAGCGAGUACUCGCCGCCCGAAAGCAGUAGGGAGGGCAAGUCCAAAGAUACUACGCCCAGCAAUCAUGGACACCUACUUGGAAGCCCAAGUAAUAAUGCAUCAUUGCCACAGCAGCCAGAACUCUCCACCUCUGCGAACGCGAGCUCACACCACGGACUCCCACUGCCACACCGGCCCGCGCGCCAAACCAGCAACGCAUUAGCAUCCAGCGCAUCUACUAACGCUAGAAUUAGCAAGCGCAAAGCCUCAGCCUCGUCCCCGCUGCCCUCUCCGAACGUGACCGCAACCGCAAAUGGCAAACCGCGCAUCCCCAUACCCGUACCCACUGCCCGCUUGAACACUUCCACCGUGAGCAUGGCACUUUACAAGCAGGUUGUGGAACAGAACAAGUGGCUUGCGGCGCGGAACGCGGAGCUGGAAGCUGAGAAUAAGAGGCUGGGGAGUGUGGUUGGCGGGUUGCGCGAUAGGGUGCUCGGGAUGAAGCUAGAGAGGUUGGGGGUGGGGAUUGGGUAUACAUGUGAAGGUCGAGAGGGGGAGCGUGGUACAAUAGAACGUGACCUGGUUGAGGAUGGUAAAGCGAGGGUAGUGACGAACAUGCCUGGUGCUUUUGAAAGUACGGACGAGCUGUAUGCGGAUGUGGACGCAGACGCCGACACCAACGCCGACCCGUCUACGAGACUGCAGUACCUGUUGGUGAAUGGGGGUGGAAUUCAGCUGAGCGUCCAAGACAGAGGGACGUAG